AGCCUGCUCAGUCAGUCGUCGUUCAUACGCCGGCGAGUUUCAAACACGCCUCAUCGUCGAGAAACCUAAAAGCGCGCAUAAGUCUCGGAGUACUAGAUGGAAGAAAGUAUUUUCACGUGCGCGUUCGCGACCAUCAAAGCAACACAACGCAAACAACGUCUGCCUUUCUUCACGCGUUUGUCGUACUGAAUUAUUUUCGAUUGAAAUUGAUUAAUAACCGCGCGAGUUCGUUUCGUAUCGCGGUGAAUUUGGAGUAACAGACACUGAAUCAUCGUCAACGUGUCUCCUCUUUACGUUUGCAAACCGGAACCAUUGCGGAUUCGAAGCAGAUAUGACGAUCGCAGAUAACGCAAUCCAUAAUGCACGAGCGCAACGAUCGGAAUUUUGAAUCUUUAAUCUCUUGCAAACGUGCAAUCAUAAAGUGUGCACCUGCGUUUAACGUGAACUCGCUUUCUAGCAGCUGGAAAUACCAGAACUGGGAAUAAAACUGAUCGCGUAUUCAAAGUGCAUCAACAAGAUUCAAGAGCUGGCGGAGGAUCUUGGAACGGUGACGUCGCAGUAGGCUGUGGAAACGGGGCAGCCACGCAGUUCAACGGAGUGGAAUGUUAUAUAAACCGGCAAAGCGACGCGACGCGAGCUGCUAAUAAACAAGAUAGUAUCGCAUAAAACGGCAGACACUUUUGGGGACACCCAGAGCACGCGCAUACUGGGCUGAUGACGACGAAUUAAAAUCAUAAGACACAGUCACCAGUCGCCAGAGUCUGUGAAGAGGAAAAAUAAGCAUCGAGAUCGAGACAAGCAAAGGAAGAUGCCCCACCGGCUUUUCGCCAACGGUCCACCCAUAGCUUCUUCAAUCGCCGCACCGUAAAUGGCUGUUUUCCCAUAACAAGAAUGGUACCGGUCACAGCACGCACAAAAGAGCACAAUAAUCCACAAAUCAGCGGAAAACCAGCGCCAUUAAAAAAAGCACAGUUUAGUCCACCGUUUGCUGGAGAGGAAUUGUGGGUAUGAUGUAGCGGCCAAAAGAUCAUCAUCCGCAGAUAUAAUACCCUACAUCCAGAGCCGACCGUUUCAGAUGUGAGUAGACAGGCGAUCAUCAACCAGAGUCCGAUAACCUUGGGGAGCCAAGCUCGCGCGGAAGACCCGGUAUUAUUUAUUAGCACCAUAUCCGUCCAUGUAAGAUACAGUCAGUGACAAAGAUAGCAGCUCAGCGCGAAUUUCGCAGAUUGGCUCAGAGGGCUUCUCCCAAAAAAGGAAUGACAAACGCUGAGAGCAGCAGCAGACAACCGGACUACUACAUUGGCCCGAGUGGAAUUCCGCGGAUCGUGGGAGGUUCGUGGCGAUCGGGUACUGACGUUGACCACCAGCGAAGACAGCGGAAGAUCAUGAAUCAGUGCGGUAGUGCUUUGGUCGGAACUGACCCAGUGAAACUGAACAAAUGUUUGUACAAUCUAACGGUGCGCAAUCGUAACGGAAGCAGCAAAACCGAAAGUGAUAUGGCGAUACGGAGCCACCCAUGUAGUCAUAAAUCAAAAUCGUCCGCCAGUGGCAGUGAUAGUGAUAAUAAUACUAAUAAUAGCAAUUCGAGAGGGGCGUCGUCGUGGUCCUCCUCAACGGUGAUAACAACGGGAUUGAGCAAUAAUCGGCGGAAUCCCGUUACGUCAUCGACCUCCCGCGCGGGUUCGUCGUCUAUUCCUAGGAGCACCACCACCCAGUGGACUCAUCAUCAUCAUCAUCUUGGUAGAAGUGCCAAUCAAUCGGGUGCUGUUGUUGGGAGGUCACUGCUCAGCGAUAGACAACGCAGGAAUGCGGUGACCGGUGUGAGCGAUUCCAAUCGACUCGAACGCGGAGAAUGCGGGAGCAGCCUGAUGGUGAGACAGUGCAGAUUGACAGUGGCAGUGCGAAGGCCGCCUCCCACCACAUCGGCCUCGGCGGACAAUCGACUCAACUAUCAGCGAAAGUACGACCGCUCCAUCUUUGGCUACAACCGGUUGGACCAGAUCGUGUUGCCACCGUUGCAAAUCUAAAACCCAUCAUAAUCACUCAUCAUCCCCGCGCACAAUAAAUUAAAAAGACUUAAUAUCUCGAUAGAAUUAUACCCAAUAAUGGAAGAAAAGAAGA